AUGAGCAAAGAUAUUACUCUGAAUUUCAAAUACAUUGGUUCUCACAUCAGUGAUUAUAUUCAAAAUGGUGAUUUCUUUGAUAUAUUCGAUCUCGAAGACAUCAAAACAAUCAUGAAAAAUUCAAAAUUAACAACAACACAGUUCGUCUCUCUUCUCAAACAAUCUCCAUCAACUCUUAAUUCCAGUAAAUUAUACAGAUAUACACGAGAUGCGAAUGUUACUAUCCAAAACAUCGACGACGUCAUUUCAGUUCUUAAAACAGUCAAAAAAUACAUGAAAAUGAAUAUAUUUGAUGGCAUCAUUGAUUUUUUGAAGUUAACAGAUAACGAACUGCGUAAUUCUCCCAAAGAAAUCAAAAAGCUUCAAGAACAAAUUCAAAGUUUUCAAAAUGAAAAUAAACGAACACAAGAAAACAACAAACAUCGUCAAGAUCUUUUAACUAAAAUAUCAUCACUCAAGAAAUCUGAUGAUUUUGAUAGUAUUUACAAAUUCUUUGAAGAACUUUGUUCAGAAGGCAAUAGAGAAAUGAUAUCAAAAUCAUGUGAAGAAGGACUUUGUGAAAAGACUACAAAGAAUGGAAGGAAUGUUCUUCAUUUUGGAUGUGAAAAAGGAAAUCUUCAACUUGUCAAAUCACUUGUCGAAUGUGGUUGCAAUAAAGAAGCAAAAAAUGGUAAUGAAUUAACUCCACUCAUUUGGGCAUCAAAAGAAGGUCAUCUUUCAAUUGUUCAAUAUCUUAUCUCAGUUGGAGCUAAUAAAGAAGCAAAGAAUAAAUAUGGAUGGACUCCACUCAUUAAAGCAUCAUUUAAAGGUCAUCUUGAAGUUGUUCAAUAUCUUAUCUCAGUUGGAGCUAAUAAAGAAGCAAAGAAUAAUUUUGGAUCUACUCCGCUCAUUAUUGCAUCAUUAAAUGGUCAUCUUUCAGUUGUUCAAUAUCUUAUCUCAGUUGGAGCUAAUAAAGAAGCAAAAGAUAAAGAUGAAUAUACUCCGCUCAUUUUUGCAUCAUCUCAUGGUCAUCUUGAAGUUGUUAAAUAUCUUAUCUCAGUUGGAGCUGAUAAAGAAGCAAAGAAUAAUUUUGGAUCUACUCCGCUCAUUAUUGCAUCAACUUAUGGCCAUCUUUCAGUUGUUCAAUAUCUUAUCUCAGUUGGAGCUAAUAAAGAAGCAUAUGAUAAUGAUGGAGAUACUCCACUCAUUUGGGCAUCAUCUAAUGGUCAUCUUGAAGUUGUUAAAUAUCUUAUCUCAGUUGGAGCUGAUAAAGAAGCAAAGAAUAAUUUUGGAUCUACUCCGCUCAUUAUUGCAUCAACUUAUGGCCAUCUUUCAGUUGUUCAAUAUCUUAUCUCAGUUGGAGCUAAUAAAGAAGCAAAGGAUUAUGAUGGGUGGACUUCACUUAUUUAUGCAUCACAUCAUUCUCAUCUUUCAAUUGUUCAAUAUCUUAUCUCAGUUGGAGCUAAUAAAGAAGCAAAGAAUAAUUUUGGAUCUACUCCGCUCAUUAUUGCAUCAAUGGGAGGUCAUCUUUCAAUUGUUCAAUAUCUUAUCUCAGUUGGAGCUAAUAAAGAAGCAAAGAAUAAUUUUGGAUCUACUCCGCUCAUUAUUGCAUCAUUAAAUGGUCAUCUUUCAGUUGUUCAAUAUCUUAUCUCAGUUGGAGCUAAUAAAGAAGCAAAGGAUUAUGAUGGGUGGACUUCACUUAUUUAUGCAUCACAUCAUUCUCAUCUUUCAAUUGUUCAAUAUCUUAUCUCAGUUGGAGCUAAUAAAGAAGCAAAGAAUAAAUAUGGAUGGACUCCACUCAUUAAAGCAUCAAUGGGAGGUCAUCUUUCAAUUGUUCAAUAUCUUAUCUCAGUUGGAGCUAAUAAAGAAGCAAAGAAUAAUUAUGAAUAUACUCCACUCAUUCAAGCAUCAUUAAAUGGUCAUCUUGAAGUUGUUAAAUAUCUUAUCUCAGUUGGAGCUGAUAAAGAAGCAAAGAAUAAUUUUGGAUCUACUCCGCUCAUUAUUGCAUCAUUAAAUGGUCAUCUUUCAAUUGUUCAAUAUCUUAUCUCAGUUGGAGCUAAUAAAGAAGCAUAUGAUAAUGAUGGAGAUACUCCACUCAUUUGGGCAUCAUCUAAUGGUUAUCUUGAAGUUGUUCAAUAUCUUAUCUCAGUUGGAGCUAAUAAAGAAUCAAAGGAUAAUUUUGGAUCUACUUCACUCAUUUAUGCAUCAGAAAAUGGUCAUCUUUCAGUUGUUCAAUAUCUUAUCUCAGUUGGAGCUAAUAAAGAAGCAAAGAAUAAUGAUGGACAAACUGCUCGCUCAGUUGCAGGUAACAAAGAAUUAAGAGAUUAUUUAAUUUCUAUUGAAGCAAAGUAA